CAACACCAGAUUAUGGUUCAAUAUAAAUAUGCUGGGUGGUACCCAACGUGUUCCGUGAUUUCUAACCAUGUCAAGAAUGGCUACCCAAUCGUUAAAGGGUUGGGACUCGGGUGGGUUACGAGAGAGCGGAUUGUAGUCUCCUUCUGCCAGACCCUCCAUGGAUGCUAACGGGAGGAGACGGAGGGCGGGACUACACCUCCCGUCAUGCAUCGCCAAGCGAGGGACCGCAAGAGCGCCCGACGGGGGGGGGGGGGGGUGGGGCUUGUAGUCUCCUUCACCCCCACACGCUCCGUGGACUCCCAACCAGAGGAAAAGGGGCAGCGGAGGACUACACGUCCCAUCAUACCUCGCGGGACGGCCGCCAGCGGUUGGAGAAACGUUGGGGGGGGGAGGGGGAAAAAAAAAACACAGAUCCCGUCACGCCUCCACAGAGCCCGACGGGAACCGUAGUCCCCUCGGCGCCGCGACCCUCAUUGUCUCCUACGAGGCGGUGAGGGGGGCGGGGACUACAACUCCCGUGAGCCCCCGGGGAGAGGGAGGCGCCUUGAGGGCCGAGCGCGAGAGAGGCGGGUUAACAACAAUUAAAGAAAACACACACGGUCUUUUAUUUUCCCUCCUCCCGUCGCCUCUUUCCCCCUUUUUUUUCCUCUCUCUUUUUAAUUUAAUUUUAUUUUCCUUCUCCGUCAAAUAACCGUCGCCUUCGGGGGUUGAAGAUCAUUUUUUUUUCCCGCCCCCACCAUCGAAUUCGGUUUUUUUUCAAAUUCCAACCGUUUUUUUUUCCCGCCCCUCACUUUAUAUAUUUUUUAAAAAAUAUAAAAUGGGAGUCCAGGGGUUUCAGGAAUUCAUCGAGAAACACUGCGCGGCGGCGGUGGUGCCGGUGGAGUUGCAGAAGUUCGCCCGGGCCGCCCGCCACCGGGCCUCGGGCCUCAGGCCUGGGUUAGGCCCGAGGCCCGGGCCUGGGCCUGGCUUCCCGCCUCCUCCUCCGCCGCCUCCUCCCUCCUCCCCCCCCGUCCGCCUGCUGCUGGACGCCGAGACCGGCCUGCACCGCCUGUACGGCGGCUCCUUCACCGACUGGGUGAGCGGCGGCCAGUGGAACCAGACCCUGGCCUACCUGGCGUCCCUGGCCGCCGCCUGCCGCGCCGCCGGCCUCGAGCUGGUGGUCGCCUUCGACGGCGCGCUGGCCAAGCGCCGCCUGCCCGACUGGUGCCGCCGCCAGAGCCAGGCCCGGCACAGCGCGCAGCUCGUCGCCAACCACGUCCGCAGCCGCGGCACCCCGCCGCCCCGGGUCUGGUUCCUGCCGCCGCCCUGCCUGGCCCACUGCGUCCGGCUGGCGCUGCUCCGCUUCCGCGUCAAGCAGGAGGUGAGCACACAGCUAUUGGAGCCUGGUACUCAGGGGCAGCAGGAGCGCAUGCAGAUAUUGGAGCCUGGCACUCAGGAGCAGCAGGAGGAGAGCACACAGCUUUUGGAGCUGGUUACUCAGGGGCAGGAAGACAGCACACAGGUAUUGAAGCCUGUUUCUCAGGGUCAACAAGAGGAGAACACCAAGCUAUGUGAUCUAGUUAUUCAGGAGCGGCUGGAGGAGGAGAGCAAUCAGCUACGGGAGUCUGCUACUGCGGGGCAGAAGCAGGAGAGCACACAGAAAUUGGAGCUUGUUACUCAGGAACAGCAAGAGGAGAGCACACAGCUACUGGAGCCUGCUACUCCGAGUCAGGAGGAGGAGAGUACACAGAUAUUGGAGUCUGUUACUGAGAGACAGCAGGAGGAGAACACAGAGCUAUUGGAGCCUUUUACUUAG